UCCAAAUCAUGUAGCAUCAUUAGUUAUCCUUUUCUUUGUUAUCUAUAUAAUUUAAAAAUCACAAGAAUCCAGCUUUUAGUUGGAAAAAUGUAAGGUGGAAGAGCAACGUAAAGUGGAUUCAAUGAAGAGAGAAAGUAUGAUUCCGAUCCUCCCGCUUUUUCUGGAUGACCCGAAUUUGUAGCAUAACCCAUCCCCCAUCUUUCACUCACUCUUUUUAAACCCGUUUUAGAUUUAAUAAAUUACUCCCUCCGUUUCUAAAUAAUUGUAUUUACUCGCUAACUAAUUUUAUAUCCAUUUUUCCGUUUAACAGUGUGCUUGUCUCUCAUCCCAGAUUUUUGGAUUUCGUUUUGUUGCACCCAAUCUCGUAUUUCCUUUUCUGGGAUGGGAAAGGUUAAGCUGGAUAUAAAGAGACUAGAGAAUGCAAGCAGCCGUCAAGCCACUUAUUCUAAACGGAAACAUGGAAUCCUGAAAAAGGCGCAAGAGCUGUCUAUAUUGUGUGAUAUAGACCUUGCCCUUGUCAUGUUCUCACCGGGUGGCAAACCUAGUUUAUGUUGUGGAAAGCACAGCAUCGAGGAGGUUAUUGCAAGGCUUAAUCAGUUACCUCCACAGGAGAGGACAAAAAGAAAGCUGGAAGGUCUUGAAGCACUGAAGAAAGCAUACAGGAAGAAGUCCGAACAUGAUGUAAAUAUGGAAGAUUUUCUUGAUUCAAGUAAACCAACAAUUAAGGAUGUGACUGACCAGGCUUCUAGACUACAAACAAGAAUAGCCGAGAUCCAUGAAAGACUAUGGUAUUGGACGAACCCUGAUUGUGUCAGUGAUUUUGGACUUCUGAUGCAAAUGGAAGAUUCACUUGAGAAGUCACUUGGCCAAAUUCAAAGGGAAAAGGAAAAUUUUCAAAAGAGGCGUCGUUUGGCCCUGGAGAAUGAGUUAAAAGAGAGCAUGCAGCUGCCCUUUCAAUCAAAUGGUGGACAACAGCUUCAGCCCUUAUUAUGGACCCCAAGUGAUAGUUUUCAGAAUAUGGCUCUUAUUCAGGAGCCAAAGUUACCUACCCAAAGGGAUAUAGAGAGCUGCACUGGUUCUACUUCUGGAAGCUAUUUUGGUUGUCCAAGCACAAGUAGUAAGUCGGAGGCAAACAGCCCCGGCCAACUAAGUGGGAUAGACAACAUUGGUCAGGAUGCAUUUCAGGGGCUUCAAUUUGGCGGGAUGUAUUCAUAUCUUCCGUAUGGUCUCAAUAUGCCAGGUGAUAAUAGUAAUCUUCAGGCUAUGCUAGGUUUGGACCAACGACAAAACACUCUUGUUUAUGAUGCUGGUAAAAAUUAUCAGCAAACCUUCCCAUACCAUGAUACCAGCAAUAACUUUCCACCAGAUACUCCUGCUGAUUUUGGAUAUGGAGACCUUUCUAACUACCAGAAAUCAAUUGUUCCUGCUCCUGCAAUGCCAUCUAUGUACGAAAGAAUGACAGGAGAUUCCAAUCACCUACUAUUCGACAAUACUCCUCAUAAUACUUGAGUAGUUGACAUUCUUUCUGAUCCUACUCCUUAUUUACUAUAUACAUAUAACUCUACUAUGGGCGAUUGUACACCCCAAUAUAAGUGAAUGUUGCUGAGGUGAUUUGCACCUCGAGCACUUCUGUAUUAGAUAAAUAAAUUUGCAUCAUAGUUUUUAGGAAUGAAUGAGUAGCCUACUCUACAUUAUAAUCUUUCAGACUGAUGUAAUUACUACAUAAAGCAUCAGCUAUUGGUACACAGAACCCGAAAUGAAAGUAACGUAUAGUGUAAAGAAUUGCUGUUUGCAUAGUAUAAAGAAAUACAUUUCGCAUUUGCUAAGAAA